AUGGCAUCACAGAAAGCAGUCGUCCUUACUUCGCCAAAGCAUGCGCAGGUAGUGAGCGAUAGAGCCAUUCCGAAGCUGCGUGACGAUUGUAUCUUAGUCAAGACUGUCAGUGUCGCCUUGAAUCCUACCGAUUGGAAACAUAUUGACUUCCUGGCUCCCGCUGGUGUCCUUGUUGGGUGCGAUUAUGCCGGAAUUGUGGAAGCAGUCGGCAAAAAUGUGAAGAAACCUUUCACGAAAGGAGACCGGAUCUGUGGAUUUGUCCACGGGUCCAAUGCCGUCCAACCCGAGGAUGGAGCCUUUGCUGAAUACAUUAUCGUCGAAGGCGACCUUCAAUACAAAAUCCCUGACAGCAUGGGAUUUGAAGAGGCGGCGACUUUGGGACUUGGAGUUACCACUGCCGCUCUUGGGCUUUAUCAGAGUCUCAAACUUGCUCUCCCAAUCGCUCCUAUUCAGAAUCAAACCCCAGUCUUGAUUUACGGGGGCUCAUCAGCUACCGGAACUUUGGCGAUUCAAUUUGCGAAGUUAUCUGGUUAUGAAGUUCUGACAGCCUGCUCCCCUCGCCAUUUCGAUCAGGUCAGGGAUCUGGGUGCCGAUGCUGCUUUCGAUUACAAUGACCCAACCUCCGCCAGGGCGAUUAGAGAGCGAACGAAUGACAGCCUUACGUUAGCUUUCGAUACAAUAUCAGUGGAGAGCAGUGCCACGUACUGCGAUCAUGCGCUAUCCACCAAGGGCGGCGACUACAGCUCACUUCUCCCGAUAAAGACUGAGCGUGAGAAUAUCCGGGAUCGAUCGACUAUGGCCUAUACGACAUUUGGUCGGAGCUUUCAGUUCGGGACAAGAGAGAUUCCGGCUCAGCCAGGCGAUAGAGCUUUUAUGGAACAAUUCUCUGGCAUUUUCCAGGACUUGCUGGCCAGAGGAAAGAUCAAGGCACAUCCUCCUAGGGUCGGCAAUGCCGGGCUAAACGGUAUCUUAGACGGACUUCAGCUCUUAAGGGACGGUAAAAUUCGUGGGGAGAAGCUUGUUUAUAAUAUCGCAGAUACUCGCUGA